CAAACAGUUUGACUCAGCCAAGAACCCUAUUAGGUAGAGUCAUGGCCAAGGGAAAAUCCGGCGGCGGUGUUCAAAAUAAGGCCAUUUACUCGCGCAUUUCCUUCCUUCAACAAGCGGCUGUCACCCUCGCAUCAAUUUCGGACCCCUUCGCGGAUAGUGAAAGGUCCGAGGCCGCAAAUACUUCGUUCUCCGACGAACCCACUUCCGUUAGAGCUUUCAAUGUCGUUGGCUCCGGCAGAAUGGGUCUCGACGGUAUGAGCAGGCGGCUAGCGACCGAUUUACGCGCAGUCUCCCUCAAAACCAGGAUUCGGCUCAAGCCGGCAGUCAAACGGACCAUUUGCAAAUUUUGCGACUCCGUACUCAUUGACGGACAGAGCUGCACUUCCACUGUCGAGAAUAGGAGCAAGGGAGGCUCGAAGCCAUGGGCUGACGUGCUGGUGCGCAAAUGCCAUACGUGUGGUAGGGAAAGGAGGUACCCGGUCAGCGGGGCGAGGCAGAAACGGAAGACCGAGCGAGGGCUCGACGGAAGCAACGGCAACUCGCAGAAACAAAAUCGGAAAGAUGUAUGACGGUCUCUUAAUCUCUGAAACUGAAACUGCCACGAUUUCGAUUCAGAGCCGGAGUGACAGACCAACAAGCGAGGUCCGACAAGCUCGAGUCGGGAAGUACGGCUGGCGCUAUGCUCGGCGGCCCUGUAUGCGCCGCGGAGCCCUCGGAAACCUCAACGGUCACUGUCCGUUAACACUCACCAAUCUGCAUCAUCGCCCGAGAUGUCAAGCCGCCUAGUCUCGCAACCUCCUAUUGACAGCCUUGAGAUCGGACUACAGUCUCUCACAAGGAUGGCGGUCACUGCUUCCCAGCACCUGGGCCACUGCUUGUUUGGCACCUCCAUCCAUCCUCAGAAUACCCUGUGGGCGAUUGGGGUGCUUCGAGGGCCUCGGAGGGGCGGGAUCCACCAGAGGCUCUCGCCGGUGCCGUCAUACGCAGCCGUUCCUCCACUCUUUGAGCCGUUAACGUAUGGCUCUGCGGCUUGCCCUCUGAUGGAGAAUUUGCAUCUCAAAGCAAUGAAGUCUAGUUAUUCUGUUGCUGCUGGACUGACUCUUCCCCGAGAACUUUGCUAGCAGCCAUGAACAUUCCGGCAUGCCAGCUACCCAGGCCCCGCAUGGAUUCGGCCUGAACGCUCGUCAUGCGCAACAGGUUUUCCGUGUUAGCCAGGUUUGCGGAUAGUUGAGCCAAUUGAGACUGGAGUUGGGCCAGCUGUCUUGCUUUCACUGCGCUUCCCGACGAUGCCAUGGAUUGGCGUGUUGCCGUAUUUGUGUUGAAGUUGCGUGUCGCCAUGAUCAGACAACUGCCGCGAUGUGGCUGCCGGAAGAGGUUUCCAGACGAACAAGUAUUUUUCGUAGUCGAAGU